AUGUCGUCCGCGCAAUCCCUCAACAUAGCCCAAGCCAUAGACAUUGUCAUCGGGUUCCAUGAUGAGAAUAUCGCAAUCGCUGCUGUCAUACUAGACCAAGUAAUGGAUCACCUCGUAACCCUGGGAUUCCCGUCUUCACCUGUUCUCUGGCCCCGCGCGGCGGAGGAACUGGUUACAAAGACACAUCGCGACUACAAGAUAAACGCAUUGCGCGUCCUUCGUACUUCGGUCGCUCUCGUCCGUUGCUCGGGCGGCUUGGACAGCUUGGUAGAUCAGGUCGACACGAGCCUGAACAUGGGAGACGAAGUAGCUGAGAUGUUCAAUCAGAAUAGCUUGCGGACCUCUGCAGCGCUCACGCCGAACGUAUUUCCUUGA